GAUUAUAAUUAUCAUAAUGGAAAGCAAAGCAACUCUGCCAGAUGCCCUUGCAGUCAUGGUGGACAUUUUCCACGAAUACGCAAGCAAAGAUGGAAAUGCACAUUCACUGAAUAAAGGAGAGUUUAAAGAAAUGAUAAAUGCACAGUUCCCACAUGUGUUUGAGAACUCUAAAGACAAAGAAGGAAUACAGAAACUCAUGAAUGAUCUGGAUCGCGACAAGAGCGGCGAAAUUGAUUUCACAGAGUACAUGACAUUUCUAGCUUCAUUGGCAGUAGUGUGCAAUGAAUACCUUCUUGAAAGCUUGAAAGGGGGCAAGAAGCCAUGCAAAUAAAUGAAAAACAAUACUAAGUAUUUGCUUUUCAGAUGUUUUGUAUUUUGAUAAU